AUCGAACGCAGCGCACUUUGUUUUGGGUGGCAGUGUGUCGCUGAGAACCGUGAUGGGGCGACGGGUGUCUACGCAAUCAUGAAAUAAUGGAUUCCCUCGUCGAAGUAGCGUCUUUACUGCAGUACCAUCUGUACCAGUGUAUGAUAGAAUAUCCUGUCGCUUUUCCUCUAGUAACAUGUGCUCUUAUAGCACUUCUCGUGUUGGUGGUAUGCCGCCUGCGCACCUCCUCCCCAAAAGCCAUUACAGAUGAAAUUAAGCGAGAAUUAAAGAGCAAAGUUGACGAUGUCAAAGACUUUGUCGGUGUCGGAACCAGACCUAGGUUCCGGAAACGUGACAAAAUCUAUUUCUAUGGGCGGAAGAUGCUUCGCAAGGUAAACUAUGUGCGAGAUAAGGUCAAGGCCAACAUUCCAACAAGGCCUGUGUCGUCUCGCUACUUGGCCCGGCGCUUUGCAAGGCAGUUCCUCGGCCGCGGUGAGAGGGACUCACCCCAGCUGGAGGUCAUUGAGCCUCCGGCCGAGUACCUCCAGGAGGACCUGAUCCACUUUGAUCCCAGCGUGCCGGCGGAGUUUGUUUUCAUGCUGAAGAACAUCAGGGUCUUUGGCCACUUUGACAUGCCAUUAUUUUUGGAGUUAUGCAAGAGUGUUCAGACAAUUCAUUUGUAUAAAGGACAGCCACUCUUUAGUGUUGGUCAGACAGAUGAAAAUAUUUACAUAGUGCAGACUGGACGUUUGAGUGUGUACGUGUGUGAGCCAGAUGGCUCUACCGCCUUUACGCUGAAAGAGGUCUUACCUGGAGAGUCUAUCAUCUCACUGCUGUCUUUCUGUGAUGUAUUGACUGGCCAUCCACAGCCGUACAAAACUGUCGAAGCCAAAGCAGAAGAAGACUCCAUUGUUAUGAAAUUUCCUGUAAAAGUCUUUGAGGAGACAUUCCGCAAACACCCUGACAUGUUUGUACGUGUUAUUCAGAUCAUCAUGGUCAGGCUGAUGCGUGUGACCUUCAUGGCACUUCAUCAGUACCUUGGGCUUUCAGCAGAGCUAAUAAAUAAGGUGCCUAGAAGAGGGAGUACAGGCAAUAUUGUUCCUUCUUUAGCGUCUCCCAACAAGGUAAAACGGGACAGUUUAUCAACCCCUGAUGGUGAUGGGGAUGACGAAGGGGAACACCAGGGUCCGGAGACACCCGUGAGGCAGGGCAGCCAGCGGAAAAUUGUCCUUGUUGAUCCAAAGGAUGAACAAGAUGAUGCUCACACCUUGAAACUGGCCACAGAAAAAUUCCAGGGACUCUUACACCUAGAGUCCGAUGAGAUCCUAAAGGGGGCUGUUCAAGUGAGAGAUGUGCCAGCUGGGUCCUUCCUCAUGAAGCAGGAUUCAAUGCAAGAAGCAGCUCUGGUGUAUAUUCUCAUGGGCACGCUGACAGUGUCCCAACAUGCUCCUGACACAGCUGAUGAUGUUCUUCUGUUCACUGCACACCCUGGGGACCUCGUGGGAGGCUUAGCUGUGCUUUCGGGUGAUCCAUCUUUCUUCACAGUAAAGGCAAAACAUUCAGCCCGAGUGGCAUCGAUCAGCAAAGAAACAUUUUAUGCUAUCAUCAAGAAAACACCAGAGGUUGUAUUGCAUGUUGCCAACACUGUCCUACGUCGCAUGUCACCUUUCGUGAGACAGAUUGAUUUUGCCCUUGACUGGGAACACCUGGAGGCUGGUCGAGCUCUCUACAAACAAGGCCAGAGAACAGAUGCAACUUUUAUUGUUUUAAGUGGUCGGUUACGAUCUGUUAUCACUUUGAAAGAUGGCAGGAAGGAAGUCGUUGCUGAGUAUGGCAAGGGUGAUCUUGUUGGAAUUGUGGAGCUAUUAACGCAGACAGACCGUAGUACUACUGUUAUGGCUGUGCGUGAUUCAGAAUUGGCAAAACUGCCUGAAGGUCUUUUUAACAUUAUCAAGCUGAAACACCCUGUUGUGAUGACUAGGUUGAUAAAGCUGCUAGGGCAAAGACUUCUUGGCUCAUGGAAAUCGACGUCUACCUCCCCUGCACCACUUGGGCUCAACAUUGAACAGAGACCUUCUCAAAGCAAUUAUUCAACUGUGGCCAUAGUUCCUGUUUCAGAAGAUGUACCUCUUUCUCAGUUCACCCUAGAAUUGUAUCAUUCUCUCCUUUCCAUUGGUCCUGCAGUUCGACUGACCUCUGAAUAUGUGGUGCGUUCAAUGGGUACAAGUAUAUGGGAAUCAGCAAAUGAAUAUCAACUCAUAUCAUGGCUGGGGCACAUUGAGGACCAGCACCGAGUGACUUUGUACCAGUGUGAUUCAUCCCUGACUGUUUGGACUCAGCGCUGUAUUCGUCAGGCAGAUGUGAUACUUACAGUAGGGUUAGCAGAGAGUGAGCCUCAAAUGGGCAAGAUUGAAAAGCAUGUUGAGAAAAUGGCAGUGAGGACUCAAAAGGUGCUAAUUCUCCUUCAUCGUGAGGAAGGACCCUCUCCCUCAGGCACAGUGCGCUGGCUCAAUAUGCGGUCUUGGUGUCAGUCGCAUCACCACAUUCGAGCACCAAAGAGAAUGUUUCACAAGAGACCACCUUCUAAGAUUAUUGAAUACUACACUGACAAGGUGUUUGGAACCAAGCCCAAUGUACACAGCGACUUCUCUCGCUUAGCAAGACUUUUAACUGGCACAAGUGUUGGGCUCGUGCUUGGUGGAGGAGGAGCUAGAGGUGCAGCUCAUAUUGGCAUGAUCAAAGCAAUCAAGGAAGUUGGUAUUCCAAUUGACAUGGUGGCUGGUGUGAGCAUCGGCGCUUUUGUGGGUGCCCUUUACAGUCUAGAGAAAGACAUUACAAGAGUUACACAGAAAGCUAGAGAAUGGAGCAUGAAAAUGACAAGCAUAUGGCGCAUGGCCCUUGACCUCACCUACCCAGAGGUGUCCAUGUUCUCUGGUGCUGGCUUCAACAAAUUGCUUCAUGAUGCCUUGGGUGACACUAACAUAGAGGACCUAUGGCUGCCCUACUUCACCCUCACCACCGAUAUCACGGACUCCGUAGCGCGCAUCCACACUCACGGAGCUCUCUGGCGUUAUGUGCGAGCUUCCAUGACCAUAGCUAUGCUGUUACCACCAAUGCCUGACCCACUUGAUGGACAUUUACUGGUUGAUGGGUGCUACAUCAAUAAUGUUCCAGGAGAUGUCAUGCGAAACAAGUGGAGUGUGGGCAGCAUCUUAGCCAUCGAUGUGGGUUGCCAGUAUGAGACGCAGUUCACCAAUUACGGUGACUGUUUGUCUGGGUGGAGUGUGCUCAUAAGAAGGGUCUUCCCAUUCAAGUAUUUCUUCAGAAAAGAGCUCAAGGUACCCAAUUUAUAUGACAUCCAAUCGAGGUUGUCAUAUGUGUCUUGUACACGGCAGUUGGAAGACUUGAAAUCUAGCGACUACUGCGAAUAUAUUCGACCUCCCAUCGACAAAUACCAGACUCUGCAGUUUGGUUCUUUUGAUGAAAUUAAGGAAGUAGGCUAUCAACAUGGCAAGACAUACUUCAGUGGAAUGCUCAAGGGAGGCCGCACUGUGGAAAGUGUCUAUCACUUGAGUAACACUUGUGAUCAUCAUAAGGGACAAAAGAUCAGCCUCGAUGCAUCGCCCACCAACUUUACUGAUUUAGCUCAGAUUGUCUGCUCUGUUAAGAAGCCCACAGCCAACACAGUUCUUGAGGACUCCUCAACAGAAUAUGAUGAAGAUGACGUUGGAGGGGGUUAUGCUUCGGAACCCAACACAAAUACAGAAUUUUUCCAUAAGGUUUCUGAUGAAUUACGGAGACGCAGAACAGGCUCCCUUUCCGACAACGAUAUGAUCGAGUUGAAUCAUGCCAUGAGUUACGCUGCAGGACAGGAAGAGAAUGACGAUGAAGAGGAGGAGAACGAUGAUGAUGAUGAUGAUGAGGAAUAGAUUGAAACAAGGGAUUGAAAGAUUCUUUAAUCCUGCUUCACAGAAUGAAAUCAUGAGUGCCAUCUUUGUUUGUAUGUUUAACCCAGUGUGCGCGGGUGGCAAGACUACAAUGCCAUACCCACUGUAAUAAGAAGUUUAUAUAUUGUCUUUACACAUAGAUGGCUCCACAAAUGUUUAGUCAUCAAGGAG